UAUAUUAAAUUAAUAGGCCGCCCUCGAUCUUGAUCAACAUAUAUAAGGAGUUGAAUCAAUGCUUCGUGAGAUCAUAAGUCUUGAGCUUCAUCUAAAAAAAUGGAUCUCAGGCUAAUUAUCGUUUUGUGCGCUCUCGCCGCCACCCGAGCCGUCCCACAAUCGGAAAUCGUUUCUGGACAAUGUGCCUCACAAUGUAAAUCUUCCGAAUUGAACGAAUACCCAACUGGUCAAACUCAUGUAUACAAAUACUCAACACGAACUUUGGUAAACUCAUGGAAUGCCGCUAUUGAUCUUAAGGGAGAAGCCCUUCUUACCCGGUUGUCUACUUGUGAUUACUCUGUUGAGCUUCGAAAUGUAGCCAUCAAUGGUAUUCCUGAUGCUCGCGCACGGGAAGAACAAUUGGCAGCUCAUCCUUUGAGGUUCGCAUGGACUGAUGGUGAAGUCACUGAUACUUGCCAACAUCCAGAGGAUCAUGAAUGGGCAAUCAACGUCAAGAAGGCUAUCGUCUCUUCUUUCCAAGUUGUUGGUACCAGCGGUUAUGUCAAGAAGACUGAACGAGACAUCCUUGGUGAUUGUUCAACCACCUACCAACAAGGUGAAUUGUCCAAUGACCGAAUUGUCAUGCACAAAGUUAAGGAUAUUGCCACCUGUCAAUACCAUCAUGGUGAUAAAAUUGCUGCUGUCAUUUCAUCUGUCUUGGAGACACCCCAAAAGGCUGAAUACCAAUGUAAACAAACUUGGACCUCCAAGUACAUUCUUAAGUCAGUUAGCUGCGGUCAUGUCGCUUUAACCCAAACCAAUGUUAUGGCCAACCUUACCAUGGAACUUGUUAAGACCGAAUCAAGAACUUCAACCAAGUCUCUUGAAUCAUUCCGAAGAAGCCAACUUUACGCUUCCCGAGUUCAGCGACCAAAGAAGUCAAUCAAUGAAGUUACUGAAACUUUGAACCACCUUUGCAAAGCUGUUGACAGUCAAAUCAAAUCCAACUCACCCUCAGCUUUCCUUGAAUUGGCUCAUGCCUUGGAAACUUUGAACUACAAUGAAAUCAAGCAAACAUGGGAAUCAAUGGUUAACAACAAACUUGAUCAACGAUGCUCUUCUGACCGAGUCAAGUCUAUGUUUGUCGAUGCUCUCCUCCAAAUCCGAACCGGUCCAGCUCUUAAAUUCUUGGUUAAAGAUCUCUCCAAGAACGAAAAUGUUUCAGAGAUGAAAUUGAAGGCUGCUAUUUACUCACUUGUCUACAAACCCGAGCCCUGUUCUGAAACCAUGGAAGCCAUCCACGAGUUCCUCCGAAGUGAGCGACCAGUUCUUCAAACUCUUUUUGGAGUCACUGCUGCUGUACAAAAAUACUACGAAAUUACCGGUGACAAGAAGCAAGCUAUCAUUGCUCUUGAAUUGAUCUUAGCCCGUUUCAACCGAGCUUCAGAAAACGAAAAGGUCAUUUAUGUCCGAGCCUUAUCCAACAUUCGAUUCGAGGCUAACAUCUUACUCAAGGCCUUGGAGAAAUACAUUGAAUCAGGAAAGCCCGAACUUCGAGUUGCUGCUAUUGAAACUCUUGAGUUACUUGACGCUUGCAAUGAUUUAGUUUACGGUAAACUCCGACGAAUGGUUAUGUCAACCAGUCAACCAAAUGAAGUCCGAACUCGAGCUCUUAAAGUUGUUCUUCGAUGUGGUGAUGAGGAAGCUAUUUCUCAAAUCAAAUCCUACAUUGAAUCACACCCUGAAGACAAACACUUCAUCAGCUAUGCUGACUCCUACUUACGAAAUGCCAUGCGAACCAUGAAUGUAGACAAGCAAGUCAUCCGACAAAAUGCCCAAUUAGGACAAAGUCAAUGGAAAGAGCCAAAGAUGACUGUUUCACGAAACAUUGAAUUCUCCCAAAGAGCCAUCUUAGGUAAAAUUGGUUUCAACUACGAAAUUGAUUCAAUUGUUGACAAUGGAAAAGAAAUGCCAACCUGGGCUGUUUUGAACUCAUCUAUUGCCCUCCAACAAGCUAACCAACUCAACUUCGAAUUGGGUCUUCGUCAAGAAGGUAUGGAUAAACUUGCCGUCCAAUUGUUCGACAAGAUUAACCAAAUCAAGAUGAAGGACUUGGAGAAGAUCGUUGAAGAAGUUAGAGAAAAGCGAGACUUUGAGCCACUUGUUCGGGAAUUGACUAAGAUCAUUGAAGAAAUCCAACGAUCAGCUGUUAACUCAGCCCAAUUCUCUGCUUACAUCAAGAUCAAUGGUAUCACCCUCUUCUACUGGAAUGGUGUCCCAAGCUCAAUCGAAACACGAGAAUCUCUUAGACGAAUCGUCAUUGAGAAUACCGAAACCCGAAAGGCUAUUGAAGCUUCUCUUAGCUGGAUGUUUGUUGAUUACCAAUUGAACAAACCUUUAGCUUCUGGUCUUACCCUCCGAUACAAACACGAAGGAUCAUUCAUUCCUGGCAUCAAAGCUUCCCUCAAAUCUCAAGCAGCCGCUGCUACCUCAUCAAAACGUGUUCUUGAUCUUUCUCCUAACUUUGCUUUUGCAUUCGUUUACGGUUACGAAUUGGUUCUCGCCAAGCCUGUCGCUAGUCAACUCACUAAAAUGAUUGUCAACUCUGAUGUUGUUAUGGAUGGUCUUCAUUCUCUUACUCGAUCUGGUCUUUCAGAGGUUCACACCUUUGUCCUUAACACCAAGGAUGAGAUGGAUCUUCUUCGAUUAGACAUCUCCAAGAUUACCCGAGACAGCAAUGGUAAUGAAAUCAAGGAACGAUCAUUCCCUGGUUACAACAGUGAAUGGUGUUCAACUGAAUACACUGACAAAUUCUUCGGAUUCGCCUUAUGUUUCGGUGGUCAAGAAGAAGUUAAUGCUGUUAUGGAAAAGAAAAACGCUCAAGUUGUUCGACGAUUCUUCGCCAAAAAAACCGACAAGAGUCUUAACACUUACGAAUUGGUUGUCAGAAUGGGUCAAGGUGAGAAAGCAAUUACUUUCGAUACCCCCAACACCAAAGUUAACCGAAAGGUUGAAAUCGUUGUCGGAAAAUCCGGUGACUUCAAGACCAUGAAGAACUUUGCUGGUAAAUUCUGGGUCCUCGUUGACUCUCCAGUCAAAUCUUUUGAUUUCAAUGUUUCUGCCGCUCUUCCAUCUGAAAACCAAUGGAUUGUUUCCGUUGAUACCCAAGUUGACCGACGAGUUCACUCAGCUCGACUUGCUAUGGAACCACGAUCAAACCGACAAUACAUCAUUAACAUGAUGGCAACCUCACCUCUUUUACGAGAAAAGCUUGACUACGAUCUUACUUUCACUGCUCCACUUUCAGUCAAGGAAGGUAAUGAAAUGAUGGCUCAAAUUCACUCCAACAUGGGCAACAAGCGAAACCGACUUGGUCUCAUCAAGAUGAACCGAAACAAGCAAGAACAAUACAAGGUUGAAUUUGAAUUGAACAACGAAAAGGCUGAAAAAAUCAUGCACCUCAUGCUUGAUGGUUCAAUCCGAGGAUCUUACCCAGUGUUCACUGGUCUUCAUUACUCUGGUAGAGUUGAAUACAGACGAACAGUAGGUAAAAUGGAAGAGAUCACUCUCACUGGUAACUACAAGAUCGACACCACUGGAGCAGCUAAGGCUGUCACCAACAACUUGGAGAUCAAGACUAGCCAAUGGCCACAAAUCAACGGUAAACUUGCUCACAAGAUGUUCUUCAAACAAUCUGAACACUUAGAGAAUGAAAUUGACCUUAAAUACGGUCGAGACUUCAAUGAAGAAUCUACCCUUAACCGAAUCGUCCUCCGACAAGUUUCAUCAAUGAAGACUGGUGCCAAAAACACCGUUGAAGUUAAGAACACUUUGAUCGCUGAAAACCGAGCUAGACAAUUCAACCACAAGGUUGAAGGCCGAGUCACUUUUGCCCCACGAUUGGAAGUACUUAAAGUUGAAAUGACUCACUCUGACUUGAACCGACCUGAAAACAACCACAAAAUGAUCAUCGAUCACAAGACCACCGCAUUGUCUGAGGGUACUCUUAACCUUGUCCUCUCAUCUGCCCAAGAAUCACGAAGCGUUAAGACUUCAUACGCUUUCACCUCAUCACCCAAAAUGAACACCAUCUACAAGGUUGAGCCUAAAGGACGACCAGUUCGUGGUUACCAUGUUUCUGCCGCUCUUAACCGAGCCUCUGGCAAGCAACAAGUUAACUUCGAGAUCCUUUCUCACCCAGAUAACCGACAAAUUGCCAAGAUUGAUGCUGACUUGAGUCGAGAACGAUCCAAGGCUGCUGCUAACCUCAAGGUUUCAGUCCAAGAAAGAAAUCUCCUUAACGCUGAAUACGACCGAAAUGCUCACCAAAUCAAGAGCAAAGUUUCUGUACCUGCUGGUUCAAUUGAUAGCAUGGUUGACUUGAAAGCUAAAUCUUUCAAACUCAUCACCAAGGACUCAAAGGAUUUGACUCACGAACUUUCUGCCAUCAACGCACGAGAUGUUAAGAGCAUUAAAUCAACAACCCUUUCAGGACCUAAAAUCAUGCCUAGCUUUGAAGCUAAAAUGGACACAACCAAACAACACUAUGAAUUCAAUUUACAAACCAGAAAGGUUAAUGUUCUUGCCGAAUUGAAGGCUUCUCUUGCCGAAAAGGACUUCAAGUUUGAAUUACAAUGCAAUGAACACGGUGAAAAACACUCAACCCACCUCAAAUGGUCUGACAAGCACAAGAUGUUGAUUUCUACCCAUGAACAAAACCAAAAACCAAUCUACUCAUUUGAACUUCGAUCAGAGAACAAGAAUGAACUCGUUCACAAACUUGUCUUGAAGGUUGGAGACGAAUUCGAAAGCCGAAUCCAACAUGUCUACAACUCAGAAAAACGAUUGUCCAAGAUCGACAUGACUGCCAACAAAGGAGAACUCGAAGCUAAAAUCAACACCAAGAUUGCUUUACCCAUGAAACGAUCCCGAUUCGGUAAAACCGAGAUGCCCACUGUUGACAUCAAGGCCAACCUCAAGUAUGAAGGCAAGGAAUCAUCAUUGCUCAUCAGCAACGAUCAAUUCACCAAGAUUCACCUCCAACACCGAAACCGAUCCGGAGUUCCAUUAGUCGUUGACAGUAAAAUCGAAUCCGACAAAUGGGCUGUUGUUGGUCACGUUGAUCAACUUAAAUGGAACAUUGUUGUCAUUCCCCGAGAAUCCAAGAAAUCAGUCGAAGUCAGCGUAGAAGGUUACGGUGCUGACAUCAAAUUCAACCUAGGCUUAGAACAAGAGUCAUCUCAAUGGAAGGCUAUUGCUCAAUCCAAGCUUAUCGUCAAGGGUGACAAGAAAAUCGAUGGUCAAAUUGAAGGUACUUUCGCCAAGACUUUGAUUGCUGGUCCACACAGAAUUGUCAUCAAGAACUUCAACCAAGACGUCUCAAUGACUUACAAACUUGUCAACGACAAACUUGAAAUCACCUUCGGUGCUAAUGACAAUGGUCAAAAGCUUAUUGCCGCCAACUUCAACGGUGACAAAUUCCAACGUGGUCGAGUUUUCAACGUCAACGGUAAACUAGAACUUACCUCAGAAAAGUACGAAGCUCUCCGAAAAACCGCUUACGAAGUCAAAUACAACCGAGAUGGACGUAAAGUUGAUAUGGAAGUUGAAAAGAAGGGAUCAAACCCAAUGAACUUGAAAGUUUCCGCUGAAAUCGCUCGAGAGGGUGCCAAGGUUAACGCUGAAAUGGCUGGCCGAACUGCCUCUGGUAAACAACGAAAACUCGCCAUCGACUAUACCCGACUUAACAAGAUUGACUUCUCUGCUAAGCUUUACGAAAUGUCCAAGGUUGACUCUGAAUUCAGUGUCUCCCUUCCUCUAGUCAGACUUGCUGAAUUCAUCGGCAAUGAAGCUUCUUUCUACCUUCGAUCCAAAUCCCUUGACUCUGAGGCUUCUUUCAAGCUUCAAGCUCCAUCAAAGACCUCAGUCACUGGUUUAACCAACUUGAAGAUCCAAGGAAAACAAUGGUUCCAAUACACUUUGGCCAUUAAUGAUGGUUCAUCCGUUCAAUUCUUUGGUUUAGAAAAGGUCAACAACAAAUUGGAAAACCCAAUCGCCAUCCUCAAUGAACUUUACUUCAAGGGUAAACCCAUCUUCUUCCACCAUCUUUUGAUUUCUGACAACCUUAUUUCCUUGAAAACUGAAUCACCCAACCUCUUCAAAGUUAACCAAGCUUUGACUUUGUUGGAAAACCCAGAGAUCUUCGGUAAAUACUGUUGGGAUACCAAAUGCUCCAAGAUGAACUCUAAAUUGGUUCUCGGACAAAAAGGUUUGAUCCAAAUGAACAUUGAAGGACCAAACAGCGACAAACAACGAUAUGAUGUAUCUUUGAAAUGGAACCAAGAACAAGGAAAGGAAUACGGUUCAGUUCUUGUUGCCACUAGUGGACGACAAUAUGGUUAUGAAAUGUCUCGAAUGGUCAAAAACGCCAGAAACGCUGUCUAUGAAUCAAGAAUCACCCUCCCAAAGAGAAUUGUUACCCUUACCGCUACCAAAGAUGAGAAAUCAUCUUCUCAAGACCGAUACCAAGGCGAAUGGAGUCUCGUUAUCCGACCAAAGGAAAACGCUGAUGCUCUCAAGAUCACCUUAGACCGAUCCAUCAAGCGAUCAUCUAACAACUUGAAGGCUGACCAUGUCAUCUCAUUCGAGCACAAAACUCUCGCUAAGCCCAUCAAAUUCAUUUCCUCUGUAAACUUACUUAAAUCUGAUGUUCCUGCAUACAGCAUCUGGGGUAUUAAAUCCGCUGAUGUUAAAAUGGGAUUGAACGUUAACGGUGAAGAGAACCACGACUUAAACAGUGCUUUCUACAUGGAAAAGGCUUCAGACAAGAUGAACUACAACUGGAGAAUCUGGGAAAAGGAAGAAAAAAUCGACUUUGGAUGCAAAGGUGUCUUCAGCUCAAGUGGAAGCUUGAAAGCCAAAGACUUACAAGCCUUGAGAGACUGCAACUGCCAUUGGGUUAACCGAAACGGUGAACGUAAAGAAUUCAAGAGAGAACAAACAUUCAACAUGCACGACCUCAUCACUUUGAACCAAGGAUUACCUCGAAUCACUUUCCAUGACAACAUCAAACACCCACUCGGAUCAUACUUCUACAACGGAACCUUCCACUUCUUUGAUGCCAUCAAAGAUGCCACCAUUGAUUUUGGAUUCAAUGACGGUUCACGAUACAAGCUCCAAGCCAAGAUGGAUGCCACCAAGCCAGAAAAGUGUGUUGAAUUGACCCUCUUUGAAGCCAACAAUGCUGCAGAGAAAUACGGUCUUCGAACCUGUUUAAACCUCAAAGCUCGAUCAGAAAAAUCAGUUUUCCUUUUCGAAAUCUUCACUUUUGCUAACCAAGCUUCCAUGACUGAAGGCGAACGAAAGGUUGACUUCUCAAUCAGACGAAUGAAGGAUUAUGUCAAUGACUACCUUGUCCGAAUGACCUGGGAUACCAACAGUAUGGCUCAAGCUACCUACCAAGCCGUCGACCUCCUUGAACGAGCAACAAACGAACGAAAUGCCAUCAUUAAGGAAAGAGAUAGUGAACUUAAAGCUAAAAUGGAAUACAUUCGAUCAUCUAUUGGUGACAGAAUUGGAAAGGCCAAGAAACACCUUAACCGAGAACUUGAUGAAAUUACCACUGAAAUGAAACCUGAAACUGAAAUGAUUAGCAAGAUGCUCACAAAAGUUACCCGAACUCGACGAGCCACCAUUACACCAAUUAAAAGACGUAAUGUUGAUCUUAGUUCCGAGAUGACCUACGACUGGAGAAACUACGAUCUUGAAAAUGGUAUCAUCGAAGUCAUCUUCCGAAAUGUUGAGGCUGAAAAGGUUCCUCUAUUCCUCUACAAAUUACUUCUUAAAAAUUCAAUGAUUGGAUUAAUUUAAAUUAGGACUUGAAUUAUAUAUAGCAAAAAAAACUCAACCAAAUUUCUCGAAUUUUUUCUCUUUUAAUUUGCUUCAAAUCUUUAUCUCGCGCCCCUUUUUCCUUAAAAAAAUAUCCAUAUUUUUGUUGAUUGUAACAAAAGUGGACCUCAUGUCUAAAAAAUGAUUGUUAUCCUAUCGAAUAAAUUAUAACAUUUCAAGCCAAAA